AGAAACUGAAACUUGUUUGUACCUCCCACUUUAGCACGCUCAAGCGAUUAAGCCUGCUGAAAGCAUUUGUUCUGCUGGAAUUCAAAGGAAAAUCAGACCGUUCCUCCCCCUCAAUUCUUAAAUGCCCCUGUGCCUCUGCCCUCACACUCAGAUCAGCGGACACACUCUGACUCUGCACUCCAACAUGAGGACCUUCAUCACUACUACCAUCAUCCUCUUCAUAAUAACUGAGGUGUGGACAGCAGAGGCGGCAUCCUCAGUGAAGAGACCCCGUAAAAAACGGGCCUGGAUAGUGGACUCUUUACCCUUGAGCUUUAACCUGGAGGAGGAGCAUGAUGGGGUCUUCCCGUACACACUGGGACAGCUAAAUGUGGAGAAAGAUUCACUUCCUGAAUGCUUCCUCUCUGGACCCGGCGUUGAUGAGGAGCCAAUGGACAUUUUUCAGCUCAACAAGAACCGUGCAGUUAUUGAGGUCAAUGAAAAAGUGGACUAUGAGAAAAACAAGAAUUUCACGCUCACACUGAAAUGCACUAGCUCUGAAAAUGUGCACAUGAGAUUAGAAGUGGAAAUCCAGGUUCUGGAUGUUAAUGAUAACGCUCCUGUUUUUGAUAAAGCAAGCUACGAGACCAGCGUAGGAGAAUCAACACCACAAGGUACAGAUUUGGUGACGGUGCGAGCGCUGGAUCAGGACGACAGCAGCACAGGCAACGGACUCUUCACUUUCACAAUCCUUUCUGUUUCUCCACAAACCUCAAACCUUGAGUUCUUCAUUAACCAGCAGAGCCAAACCGGACGGAUCUCAUUCAGAGGAUGUCUGGACUACGAGGAGGCCCAGAAGUAUACAAUAGUAGUGGAAGCAAAGGAUCAUGGAGAACAUGUGCAGCAGUCCAGCACGGCUACAGUUACAGUGAACAUAAUCGACAGCAACGACCACAAACCGGAACUCUCUGUCAAAACGGGCAGUGGAAGAGUGAAGGAAAGGGAGAACGGAGUGGUUGUUUACAGACUGGAGAUAAAAGAUGAAGACCACCGAGGGUCCGCAGGCUGGAGAGCUAAAUACACUCUUCAUGGAGAAAAAGAAAAGAACUUUAAGAUCGAGACCGAUCUGACAACUAAUGAUGGGAUCAUAUCUGUAGUUUCGCCACUGGACUUUGAGGAGAGCCCUGAGCUGACCCUGUCGGUCAGUGUGGAGAACGAGGAGCCGCUCUUCUCCUGUAAAGUAAAGCAGCGGCGGAGCGGCAGCCUGUGGGAUGUGGAUUAUUUCAGAGACGUCUCCAGUUCUACUCUGCUGAGCUUUCCCAUCACCAUCACCGUGGAGGACGUUAAUGACCCUCCAGAGCUGACACACGCUGUAGAACACGUGACCGUCAUGGAGAACGCCACAGCUGGACAGAUCCUGUGGACGUUUACCGCAACAGACCAGGAUAGCAGCUCACCUGCAGGCUUCAGGUUCUUUAAAGGAGAAGAUGUAGAUAACUGGGUGACUGUGAACUCAGAGACAGGCCAAGUGUCCACAGUAAAAGUUCUGGAUCGAGAAUCACCUUUUGUCAAAGAUAGCGUUUACACCAUCACCAUGUACGUGGCUGAUAAAGGUGAACCUCCAAUGACGGGCACAGGAACACUGGUCAUCCACCUGCUGGACCAGAAUGAUAAUCUGCCUGUACUGGAGGUGAACACACUUAGUAUGUGUUUAUCUGACACGGUCAUGAACAUCACCGCUGUGGAUCUGGACCUGCCUCCAUUCAGCGGCCCCUUCAACUACGAGCUCCUUGGGGAUGUGAAGGAGAAAUGGAGGAUUGAACCCAGCAUUGGAACGACUGUGUCUCUGGUGAAAGACAGCAGUGUGCAUUCAGGUCAUUAUGAUCUCAGGGUGAAGAUUGCAGAUUCUAAGGGGAAAUUCUCAGUCCAGCAUCUGACCGUCAGCGUUUAUAACUGCUCUAUAGCAUACAGUGGCCGAAGUGGAAAAGGACCUACAGUGCAGCUCGGUUUCGCCGCCAUUGCAGUCAUCCUGAUCUCUGUGCUGCUGGUUUCUUUAUCUACCCGACUGUGUCUUUCCUCAUAUCAGUACAGUGUCAUCUUGCGAAUACUGAUAUAA